AUACGCAAUAAUCUAGUCAUCAGAAUGUUAAGGUUAAGUGUUGUUCUAUUAAUUGCCUCUGUGGCUUUGGCGUCAGCUGCGUCUCUCAAACAAGGAUUGACCAGAUCGUCCAACCGGCUGGGACGCAUAGCUGGAGGAACUCUAGCAGAACCAGGACAUUUCCCAUAUCAGGUUGCCCUUCUGACCGCUGAUGGCCUUCAUUACUGUGGUGGUUCAAUCGUGAAUCGACGAUGGGUUCUAACAUCCGGUUCUUGUGCCAUCGGUAAGACCACGUCAGACAUCGUCGUUUUUGCCGGAAGCAACCUCUUGAAUGAAGGCGGGCAAAGAUACCGCGUAGACAGGAUUGUUCUUCAUCCGAAUUUCGACGUUGAAGUCUACGCCAAUGACGUGGCUGUUUUGCGAGUAGUAGAGUCGUUCAUUUUCAGUGAUACCAUUCAACAAAUUCCUUUGAGAGGUCAAUUCGUCGAGACUGGCUUGGUGGCAACUGCUUCCGGAUUUGGACGAGAAUCGAUAUCCGACAUCGGACUUGAAGAUUUGCGGUUCGUUGAAGUAGAGGUGAUCUCCCAGGAUGAGUGUCGUGAGGUCUUCGAUGAAAACUACACUCCUCGUUUGAUGGACAACACCGUUUGCACGACGAGCCAAGAGGGGCAGGGAAUUUGCCUGGGCGAUGCCGGUGGUCCAUUGACUAAUGAUGGAGAGCUGAUUGGAGUAAUUUCUUGGGGAAUCCCUUGCGGUUUGGGUAUGCCAGAUGUUUACGCCAGAGUGUCUGCCCACAGGGCAUGGAUCUUGGUGCAUACUAUGAUCUAAGUUUUUGAAAGUUUGCGAAUAAAGCCGUUUUAGACAAA